AUGAGUCACGAGGAGGAUAAAGAUCCUCCGAAAGACUCGAAUGAUUUCGCCGAAAAAUUUGAGGCGAUCCUUUUUACACUUUUCGAAGAAUACAAAAAGAAGGAGGACUCCUCGAGAAAGUUAACCGAUCGUCAGAAGUAUGUCGCCCAUUGUCUUCAGGAAUUUAUUGUUUCAGGCGGUCUUAAAUUGGACAAGUCAGCUGCAGAUACAACAUCUCUCUGCGAUGGGUUCAUUAGUGAUUGGGAAUCAACCGGCAUCAAAUCUGCAGCUGUACAACAACUAAUUGCUUUGCUGAACCGACCACAUGUUCGAGGGGCACUAAUUAGUGCUGAAGAUAUAGCGGCGAAUAGGUAUAUGCCGAAACUACCAGCGGUACCAUUCGAAGUUGAUGAAGACGAGGGUAUCGCUGUCAAAGUUGUGCGGAUUGUGAAACGGGACGAAACUCUUGGUGCCACCAUAAAAUGUGAACAUGGAAAGGUGUAUAUAGCUCGAUUAAUAGCCGGUGGUGUUGCCGUUCGGAGUGCCUGUAUCCAGGAAGGGGAUCGUAUUUUGGAAGUGAAUGGUUUACCUAUUGCCGAUCUUUCUGUGGAUGAUGUAGCCCGAAUAUUAAAUCGUGUAGAUUGUGGUACAGUCACACUGAAGUUAGUUCCUGCCGAAUUACCUUACUCUACGACGACUAAUGGCAUAUCACACGUUUAUUUGCGUGCGCAGGGUCCAGAAAACAUUAGUGUUAACGAGGUCUGCGGCAGAGGAAGUAUUAACGACGAAUGCGUAGUGCCACUUUGGUUUCAAAAAUGUCACUGUGGCGAGUUCGACGAUGAAGAUGAGGAGAGUCGCGCACAUCGCUAUGCUAUUGUUCUCGACGAACUGGUGGUUUUGGUAGAAGAAAUUGCAUGCGCAGCUGUUCAAGAAUGUGCAGAAGAACUCGAUUAUGACUACAAUGGAAGAGAUGAUGUUAGACAUCCUUGCCCAGAGGUUGCGCUCUCAUUCAGUAAAGGAGAUAUUUUAGAACUGCUCGUAUGUAAUGACGAUCAUUGGUGGCAGGCUCGUUGUAUUGGUAAUGGUGCUUUCGCAACCUGUGAGAAUAGCAAAGCAUCAUCGCGAAUAGGUCUUAUCCCAUCUGAAGCUCUUCAGUUACUUAAAAAUACUGUAGAAAAUGACCUGAAGGGUGAUGGGCGAGGAUCAACUCGGUCAAGAGGUAGUCAAGAGAUGGAGUUGAUUUACGAGUCUGUUUGUCGUAUGUCAUUGCGUGAUGGUUUCUCGAGGGUCAUUGUUCUUGUUGGGGCGCCUGGUGUUGGAAGAGCAAAUGAAAUCGAGGGUGUGGACUACUACUUCGUCGAGAGAUCUGUAAUGGAGAAAAUGAUAUAUUCUGGACAGAUGUUGGAGUUUGGAGAAUACAGAGGAAAUUUAUACGGCACGGCUUUAUGCUCAGUUCGUGGGGCACAGAAGUUCGGUACGCCCCUCAUAACUCCUCACCCACUGGCUCUGCAACUUCUACGCACUCCUGAAUUUAUGCCUUUCAUAAUUUUUAUAAAACCACCAGAUGCAGCAGCUUUUAAGGAUACCCGAAUCGCCGGCCCAAAUACUCCUCGUACUUCCACCACAAGCUCGAAAAGGAAAUUUAACAUCUCACGGACGUUUUCGGAUGCUGAAAUUGAGCAGAUCAUUAAUAACAGUGUACUACUGCAUAAGCAGUAUGGUCAUUUAUUUGAUGCGGUGAUUGUUAACGAAGAUUUUGAAGAAAGCUUUACACAACUGAUCCGUCUUAUAAACGAUUUAGAGACGAAACCAACAUGGGUGCCUCUUUGUUGGGCCACUAACAUUCGCUUCGACUGA